AUGAGCGGCGCGGCCACCUGGGCUGUGCUCGGCCUGCUGCUGGCGGCCCCGCCGGCGCGGCAGCAGCCCCCGGAGAGACCUGUUUUCACAUGUGGCGGUGUUCUUACUGGAGAGUCUGGAUUUAUUGGCAGCGAAGGUUUUCCUGGAGUGUACCCUCCGAAUAGCAAAUGCACUUGGAAAAUCACAGUUCCCAAGGGGAAAGUAGUCGUUCUCAACUUCCGAUUCAUAGACCUGGAGAGCGACAACCUGUGCCGCUAUGACUUUGUGGACGUGUACAACGGCCACGGCAAUGGCCAGCGCAUCGGGCGCUUCUGCGGCACGUUCCGGCCGGGGGCGCUCGUGUCCAGUGGCAACAAGAUGAUGGUGCAGAUGAUUUCCGACGCCAACACCGCCGGGAAUGGCUUCAUGGCCACGUUCGCCGCCGCCGCGCCCGAUGAAAGAGGGGAUCAGUAUUGUGGAGGACGCCUUGAAAGACCUUCCGGCUCUUUUAAAACCCCCAACUGGCCAGACCGUGACUACCCCGCAGGAGUCACUUGUUUGUGGCACAUUCUAGCCCCAAAGAACCAGCUUAUAGAAGUGAAGUUUGAGAAGUUUGAUGUUGAGCGUGAUAACUACUGCCGGUACGAUUAUGUGGCCGUGUUUAAUGGUGGAGAAGUCAAUGAUGCUAAAAGAAUUGGAAAAUACUGUGGUGAUAGUCCACCUGCACCAAUUGUAUCUGAGAAAAAUGAACUUCUCGUUCAGUUUUUCUCAGACUUAAGCUUAACUGCAGAUGGAUUUAUUGGCCACUACAAAUUCAGGCCAAAAAAAUUGCCUACAACUACAGCACCACCAGCUACCACCACAUUCACUGUAACUACAGGUUUAAAACCCACCAUGGCCAUGUGUCAACAAAAGUGUCGAUGGACGGGUUCUCUGGAAAGCAAUUACUGUUCAAGUAACUUUGUCGUCGCCGGCACCGUGAUCACGACCGGCGCCCGAGGCGGAAGCCUGCACGCCACGGUCUCCCUCAUCAACAUCUACAAGGAGGGCAGCCUGGCCAUUCAGCAGGCCGGCAAGAACAUGAGCGCCAGGGUCGUCGUGGUCUGCAAGCAGUGCCCGCUCCUCAGAAGAGGUCAAAAUUACAUUAUUAUGGGCCAAGUGGGUGAAGAUGGGCGAGGCAGAAUCAUGCCAAACAGCUUUGUCAUGAUGUUCAAGACCAAGAAUCAGAAGUUCCUAAACGCCUUGGAAAACAAGCAAUGUUAACAGGGAACUGGGUCCAUUUUCGCUUCAUUCUGUCAUUGCCUUUGAAAGAUCUAUUUUUCUCAGUAGAAAAACAGUCUUAUAACAUUAAACAUUGAGCAUUCAGAAAGACUUACUCUUCACAGAUCAGGUGAGACCCCCAGUGUUGCCGAUGGCAGGUGUGUCGCACCGGGAGAAGCAGGUGUCUUAGUGCUGUCAGGACACACAGGGCUUCGACGUUGACAGUCGGAAGCGGUUUAUUUACACAUCUCUGUAAGAGGGUGUUUUAGAAAUGAGUUUUGUGAAGAUGUAAAAAAAGAGAUUUUAUAAGUGCAAUAUUUGCUGCAAGGUGUUAUAUUCUCUUCUUGCAUUUUUUAAA